AUGACCGUCGCAGAAUUCGCCACGUCUACCGUCUUCACAUGCCACUUAAUUACUCAGCUGCCUCCCCCAUCGCCUUUGCCAACUCCUCCGCUUCCUGAAGCCUUCAUCUCCCCAUUGAAUAUCUCCAGCAUUCCCAUAGUCCUCUCCGCGCCUGUAACUUCUGCAGCUGCUAACCCUCCGCGCACAUCUCGUGUCUACAACUAUUCAGCGCCCCUCAUCCGCGCCGCCGCCGCCCUCGCAGCCUCUCAAAAUUAUCGCGAGCGCCUCAUCCAAUACGCCACCGAGAACCUGGUGACGGAGGUGCUCAUCCACCCCCAGGUGAACACGCUGCUCCAGUGCGUGAGGAACCUGCUCUCCAGCUUCACGCGCCACCGCCACCUCGUGCACGCGGGCUACACGUUCGCCGGCAGCGGCUCCUGGUGCUUGCAGGACGGCACCUUCUCGCUUGCCGACUUCAUCGACGCCUUCCAAGAAUCGGAAGUGCAAAGAGUUCUUCGAGCUUACGAAAACUGCGUCACAGUGGACAUCCACUGCUCCCCGGAGGGCGACUGGACGAGCGAGCGCCUCUCCAAGGAAACUUUCAGCCGCUUAUGCAAAGUGCGAGUCAACCCCGACGACUGUUUGACCGCCGGAAGCGCUCCCAUCGCUAAUUUUAUCAAUUACCUCUCCCCCUUCCUUCGACCUGCUUCGAUAGAACAACUUCUAGAGCCUUCGGAUGUUGUUGGUAACAUCCGAUUUAGUCAUCCCACCCUGUAUGUCUUCCCUGGGGGUCAAGGCGACGCCGCCUUGUUCGGCAUCAACGGUUUCAACAUGCUCGUAGACGGAGGUUUCGCCAGAAAAGCAUGUUUUUGGGACUUCGCCAGGCACCUAGACCGCCUGGAUGCGGUCUUAAUAACUCGACUCAACAAUGGCAACGUAAAUGGUAUUUCCGCUGUGUUGCGACGAAAAAAGCAGGGUCAUGUGUAUCCUCAAAUUGGACACUUCUUCUGCAAUGUGCAGGAGAGACGGCAUUGCGCCUCACCUGAUGGAGACAAAGACAGAGAUCCCCUCUUGAUCAAUUUGGCCGAUGAAGGCCACGAGAUGGUUCUCAACUUGCGACAACUUCAACUUCGACCACACGCCUGUUACAGAGAAGGGAACCAAGUAGAGCCCGUGAACUUGUAUCAUAAGGUUGGGCACGGGAAAUUGGACAUGUAUAUCAUUAGCCCAGCUCGUGACAGUCGUGAAGUGAAAGAAUUCCUCGCAAAGUGGAAUUCAAAUGAUCCUAAGUUAUUUAGUAAUAUUGGCAAAAAGGACAGUAGUAAAGAAUUUCAUUUUCCUUUACAAAACUUAAUUUCAAUUUGUGCAUUACUUGUGUGGCAGCCAGCGAAUCCCAACGAUACUAUUACUAGAAUCUUGUUCCCUGGGAGCACGCCUCAGCACAAGAUUUUCGAAGGAUUGGAGAAGCUGCGUCAUCUCGAGUUCCUUAAGUUUCCCGUGUGUUCCGCCCGGUCUCUUUCACCGUCCUCAUCCACUGUAGGUAUCAGCAGUCGUGCCAGCAGCAAACAGAGAACAGCACCUGCAGUAAUCGACAAACUUCUUCCUGGCGAGGGAGUUAAAACGUCGAGACCAACCAGUGAGGUGAACAAACAUGCCUCCAAGGCAGCAACUAUUCCCGUAGCUGGAAGCAUGCCGGAACCGAAGCCAACCAAGGCAUCCACUCCGGUCUCAAGUGCUCCUGCGCCCCCCGUCUCCAAAGCCCCACCGGCUAAACCAAAGGCUGAAAAGACUCCGAAAUCUGAAAUAAAACCAAAGACUGACGCAAUUAAAUCAACCGAAACUGAAAAAGCAAGUGCCAAAUCUGAAAAGACAACAAAAGUCUCAGUUGAUGCAACAAAAACCAAAGUCGAACAUAAAUCUAAAGUAGAAUCAAAGACAACAAAAUCCAGGACAGACUCCAAGCCUCCUCGUUCUACUGAAAGAAAGAUUCAGAAGGCAGGAAGUACAGAAAAGAAAACUGACAUGAAAUCAUCACCUACUACGCCAAAGAAAUCCGUUGAAGCGAAAGUGAAUGGCGUGGCUUCAAAAUCAGAACCAGCUAAAUCCACACGUCCUUCAAGCAAGACAAGGCCAUCGCCUUCAGCGACACCGGCGAAGAGUACGAAAGAAGCUAACAACAGAAAAGUUGUAGAAUCGAAAUACCAUGUUUCAAGAGUAAGUACAACUCGUGCAUCAGCAUCGAAAACAACAAAGAAAGAAACCCCUGAGGCACCGAAAACAGAACGGAAACCUAUUAGCAGGAGACCCAAAACAGGAUCACCUACAAAAGCACCCUCUGGUAGUCGACCUCCAGGAUCUCCGGCAAAAUCCUCGUCAGCGAAAAGCACGCCGACGCCGUCUGUUAAAUCAGAGAAGGACGGCGUGAUUCGAAAGACAAAGGCAGAAACCGAGAGGCUAACGACAGACUCAUCCGCUGUCUCCACGCCGUCUACUGUGGACCCUGAAACAGCUCUUUUGAAAGCAAAGGGAGUCGAGCCAGAAGACAAACAUCUCCCUCUUAUGAAUGGAGAUUUAACGAAAGAAGAAAAAACUGUGGUUCAAGAAAUUGAAGAUGCCAUAGCCGCGGAAGAAGCGAAGGCUGUUGAACAGGAAGUUGAAGAGGAGUCUGAAGAACAAGUACAAGAAGUUGUUCAAACUACAGAAGCUGUCGUUGAAGCUACCGAAGUGAAAGAAGGCGAGUCUGCAGUAGAAGAAGAAAUUACUAAAGAAGAAGAAGAUGAUGAGGAAGAGGAUGAAGUAGAGGAAGAAGAAAGAAUCAAAGAGGAAGUAGUAGAAAGUGUACAGUCUGUUGAAGCUCAGGAAGAAACAGAAAGAGAAGCAGAUGAAGAAGAAGAAGGUGAAGUUGAAGAAAAAGAAUCCGAAGUUAUUGAAGAUGAAGUUCAACUUGAAAAACAAACACUAGAGAAAGAAGAAGUGGAAGCCACCGAGGAGGAGCAAACAGAAGAUAUGGAAGAUAUGGAAGAAGAUGAAGCUCCUAUUGAUAUCAGAGAAUCUUUGCAAGCAGAGCUAGAGCUUGAAGCAAAGCGCGGGGAGGUCGCUGUAGAGCGAGAUGCUGAAGAGGAGGAAGAAGAAGAGUAUCUUGUUAUUGAAAAGGAAGAGGUUGAGCAAGCAGAAGAGUCAAUGCAAGAACCAGAAAGUUUAGAAUCACACGUUCCUGAAGAUGGCGGAGUACGGGAAGUCGAAACAGAAGAAGAUGAAGGAGAGCUACAGAAACACUUGCGUGAUGAAGCGGAUUCUGAAAAACUCAAACGAAUUCAAGAAGGAGAAGUGAAAGUGAAUGGUUUUCAUCAUGAACCUGAGGAACAAGUCCAUGAAGAAGAGAUAGUAAAAGAAUUAGAUGUUACAAUUGCCCAAAUUAAAGAUGAAGCAGAAAUUAAGAAGGAGGAUAUUGGGAAAGCGAUCGAAAAAGAAUUAGCAAGUAGCGUCCAGCAAAAAGAAGCUGUUAAAGAAGAAGUGCCACCAGCAGGUAUAGCAGAAACUUUAGAAAAAGGAAAGGAAGAAACCGUACUUAAAAGAGAUGAAGAACCUACCGCACUAGAGGAAAGUAAACCUGAAGGCAUUCCCCAAGAAGCAAAAGAACAAAUUCAGGAAGAAGUACAAGAAAUUAUAUCUUCUGCGAAAGAAAUUGUCUCAAAAACAAAACUCGAGAGUGAAAAGAAACCCGAGGUUGAAGAAGUAGCUCGCAUUAAAGAUCAAUCAAAAGAUGAAUCGGCGGAAGAUAAGAAAGAAACCGAAGAAGUUUCUUCAACAAGCCCAGAAGAGAAACUGGAUGUGUCGUCAGAAAAAAAUAAAGAGAUGACAGAAGAUACAAGAGACACUGAUCAGAAAUUUGAAGAACAAGAUGAAGCGGUGGAAGUGAAAGAAACGGGAUCAAAAGAAAUACUUGAUCAAAAAUAUCCCGCUGAAGAGAGUCAACCUGAUGAAAAAUUUUCAACUACUGUAGAAUCUGCUGCAACUACAGCCCCUACCCUUCCAGAAGAUGAACGCAUUCCCUUAGAUGAAAUUAAAGAAAUAGUGGAAGAAAAAUAUGUGAAAGAAGAAACUAAAGAAAAAGAAAAGCCUGUGGAGGUUGUUCCUCGUUUUGAACAGCCGACUACUCUCCCACAAGUUGUUAUACCCACUGGAAUUGGAUUAUUUGACCAACAUCCUCACCAUCCUAUUAUCCACAGAGAUAUAGUUAAAACCCCUGAUGAAGUAGCUGACCUGCCUGUACAUGAGGAAGUAGAUCCUGGAACUUAUGAUAGUGAGGAAUAUCCUAGGGAAAUCUCGAAACAAAAGCCAGAAGUUGAGGAUAUUAAAUCACCUGAAGUUGAUGUAAAAGAAGAACUGCCUUUGAAAUAUGAGGAGGUAUCAAAACCCACACAUGAAGAAAAAGAAAGCAAAGAGAUAGAAAAGGAAGGCAAAGAGAUAGAAAAGGAAGGCAAAGAAAUAGAAACAGUAAUUCCUGAGCCAGUUGUUACAAGUCAGCCUGAUGACAAAGACAUUACAGAAAAGGUUGCACCACAAAUGACAAUACCCGAUGAUUUAAUUAAAACAGAUAAAAAAUUUGAAACUGAAGUAGAUUCUCAAAAGGUUACUGACAUCACUGAUGAAGUAGCAAAAGCCGAUAUACAAGUGGAUGAAAAAGAGGAAAAAGAAUUGCCUCUUAAACCAGAGCAAGAAUUAAAAGAAGAAUUUCUUGAAACCGAAACAAAAGCUGAUGAAGCUGUUUCAACUCAAGCUCCCAAAGACUCUCAAAAACCACAGGAAAUUUCUGUUACAACUGACCUUGAGAGUAAAGAAAAGGAUAUUAAAAAGGAUGACCCUAAAACAGAAAGAAAAACAGAAGCUGUUGAAACACCACAAUCUGAAAUUUCAGAUAUAGAAUCAAAAGACAAGGAUACAGAAAAGGGAAUGUUCAAAGAACAAGAAAAGGAGGUAAAACUUACUGAAGUAAAAGAUAUUACAAGUCAAUUUAUUUCCCACGAGAGAGUUUCUGCAUCAGGAGAAAUUGAUGAACUUCACCAAGAAGAUAUCCCAAAACCUUUAGAAAUUGAAAAAGAUGAACAAAAAGAAAGUGAAACAGUUGAGGAUGAAAAGAAAGAUGUUUCUACAGUGAGUAUGCCUGAUGACAUACCACAAAAGGAAGAGAAAAUUUCCACAGAAAUAGCUUCUGAAGAGCCUGAUAAAGAUAUCAAAAAGCCUGAUGAAAAAGAAAUACUUGACACAGAUUCAAAAUUAACAAAAGACAUCAGUUCUGACUUAGAGGCAAAAGAAGUAAAACUUGAAGAAUCUGAGCUUCCAGAAGUGGUAAAAUCAACUGAAACUGUCAAAGAACCAGGAAUAUUAGGUGAUUCCAGUGCACUCUCUGCCACAUAUUUGGAAAUAAUAGAAAAAUUGCAACAAGAUGCUCCAGACAGUGACACUGACACAUCAGCUGCUUUAAAAGAUCAAGAACCUACUACUGAAAGUGAAAAAGAUGCCAAAACUCAAGAACAAGUGAAAGAUACAGAUGCAAAAAUUGCUGCAAUACUACCAGAAAUUGAAGAUAUAAAAGAUGAUUCAAAAGAAGCAAAAACAACAGAAGUUAAAAAAGAUGAAGCAGAAAAAUUUGAAGCAAAAGAAAUUAAGGAUGCCAAAAUUGAAACUGAUAUAAUAGUUUCUACAUCUGAUGUUGCUGAUGAGAUACUGAAAGACACAAUAGACAUUAAACGUGAGGUCAUAGAUCUCCAAGAGCACACAGAAAAAGUAAAAGAUGUUGCCCCAUCUUAUGAAAAAGAAAUCCUGAAAGAAGGGGAAGACACCGAUGAUUUGAAGAAGAGCACUCCUUAUUUAGAAGAUGAUAUAAAGAGUUUGACCCAAGAAAAAGAGGCUUCUGUUGACACCAAGGAAUCUUCCACUCCUUUAGAUGUAACACAAGCAGAUGAUGAAAAGAAAUUAAAAGACACAACUGAAAUUACAAAAUCUGUAGAUGAAGUUGCUCUAGAAACAGCUGAGACAAUGAGUACAGCUGUAAAAGAAAGUGAAAAAGAAGAAGUAAUAGAGAAACAAAUAAAAGAAAUUGAACCUAAAAUUGAAACUACUACACAAGAUAUAAUUUCAGAAAAAGAAAUCAAGUCACAAGAAAAGGGAGAUAAAAUAUCUAUUGAAUCUGAGGAAAGACCCAAAGAAGAAAUUUCAAAACAAGUAACAAGUACCAAAGAAGAUAAAGUAUUAGAAGUAUUAGAAGAGCCUGUAGUAGAGGCAGAGGCAAAAAUCAUUGCAGAGAAAGAUAUCACUACAGAUAAAAAGGAAGAGUCUCCAGAACAUAUAGUUCAAGAGAUUUCAACAGAUAAAAUUCUCACAGAAGAUGAACAUAAAACUGAACAGAAAGAAAUUAUUGAAACCACGGCUAUUAUAUCUGAGGCUGAAAAAGAUACCAUUGAAAUGAAAGAUGAAGUAAUAGAGGCAGAAAAAAUUAUGGAUUUUAGGAAAGAAACAAUACAAUUAACAGAAGUAACAGAAAAGGAAAAAUCAAAGGAUCAAAUAGAAGAAACAGAUCUGGUUGAAGUCACUGAUGCUCAGGAGUUAACAAAAUCUCAAGAACCAUCUUUUAAGGUAGAAACAGAAGACCUUGUCAAGAUUGAAGAAAAACAAUCAGCUAAAGAUGAGGAAAAAGAGGAUAUUCAGAUUUCUGAAAAAUCAUCUACGCUCGCAGAAAAAGAAGACAAAAAGGAAGACAAGGAAAUCAUUCUUCCCUCCUCCACUUUAGAUUCAAUUGAAGAUCAAGCAUCUUUAGAAACCAUCCGCAAAACACCUGAAACUGAGACAAUACCUCAGAGAGUUUCCACCGAAGUUUUGCAACCAGAUGACACAGAUGUUAAACUAGUGAAAGAUAGUACUUUCAUAGAGCCAGUUGCUUUACCCUCUCAUAAAGACCAAGAUAUUUCAAAGGUAGAUAAAGCACUAAAAGAUGAACUAACACUGGAGCAAGAUGAUUCAGAAAUAUCAAAAAUUGAAAAAUCUGUAUCUGAGAUGCAACUAAUUGAGGAUUCUUUUAAAAUGGAGAUUUCAGAAAAGAAACAAGAAUUUUCUGAACCGAUUAAGUUUGAUAUUCCAGAAACAGAGGCAGCCAAAGAAGCUGAUGUCAGUCUAAUGUCUCAAGCACACACUGAUGAAAAAUUACAGAAAGAGGAAGUGACAGUAAAGGAUAUUGAUAUGCAUGAAAAAGAAGUGAAAGGUGACAUAAGCGAAACAGAUAUGGCAGAAAAAGAUACUGAAAAAACUGAAAUAAUUGAAAGCAAAGCAGAUCAAAAAAUCUUCAUACCUCAGGAGACAGACAAAGUAAUGCUUCCAGAAACCACAAUCAUAGAAAAGGACAUUCAAGAAGAAGAUAAGACUGAAAGUGCAGCAAAACCAAAGGAAGACCUUUCUUCAAUUAGUGAAAUAAAAGAAAAGAUUACUGAAGUGUCACCUAAACAAGAUAUUUGUGAGAGUAAAGAAAGUGAAACUCCUGCAGUGCUAGAGCAGAAAAUUGAAGAAGAUACUAGCAAAGUUGUUGCUGUUGAGGACAAACAUAGUGAUUCUAUUCCUCUUGAAACAGAACCAGAAUCAGUUAUGAGCAAAAUCCCAAAGCAGGAGGUGACUGAAAUCCAUGACACAGAAAUCCAAAAACAAGAGGAAUGUAUACUAAAGGAAUCUAAAGAUGUUGAGGAACUAAUAAGCAAAGAUGGUGAUAUUUCAAGAAAAAUAGAUGAUAUAAAAGGUGAACCUCAGCAGUCUAUCAUACACAAAGAUGAAAUUAAACCUGACUUAGAAGAACAAGUUGAUCACAAAGAUGUAGACAAAAGCGAGCAAAAGUCAGCCAUAAGUGAGGCAGUCAAAAUAGAUAGUGUAGAACAAGAAAGCAUGCCAAGAAAAGAAUCAUUAAAAACAGAAGAAAAAGUUGAGAGAGAUACUGAGAUUACAGAAAAAGGUAAGCCAAUCAAAGAAUCUGAUACACAACAAAAACCAUCUGAUUCAGAAGUUGAUGCAGCCAGUUUAGUGUCAAUAUGUGAUGAGAAAGCUAUUCUUGAAACUCAAGAUGCAAAGAAACAACAACCAGGUCUUGAUGCAAGUGAAAAAGAUGUGGGUCAAAAAUCAUUUUAUGAUCAAUUGGAAGACGGUACUGGAGAUGGGGAACCUCCACCUUCUCCAGGAGAUGAAUUCAUUGAUUCAGGUCUUGAAGAGGAGCCAGUAUUCACUAAACUAGAAGCACCAGAACAUCCAGAAUAUGUAACAGUCACACCAGAUUCUACUCCAGCUUCUCCUAAAGCGCUGCCAUCAUUUGUAAAGGCUCGAGAGGAAGAACAACACCAAAUUCAAGAGACUCCAGAAACUGACUCUAAGAUUGAGUCUAGUAAGAAAGAUGUCUUAGAUGAUAUUCCUAAAGAGCAAAUAGAGCUAAAAGAUGACACAAAAAAAGAUGAGAAAUUAGAAGAAUCUUCACAAAAAUCACAAAUUAUUACUGAACCGUCAGGUACAGAUGAUCAUCAUAUUGAAAAACCAGUUACUGAAACAUCAUCCAAGUUUGAAGACAUUGUUUCUUCAACAACUGAAUCUUCUGCAACUAAAAUUGUAUCUCCUCCAAAAUCUCCUCUGGGAGUAUCAUUCAAAGAAGAACCUUUUGAAGAAUCAAAAGCUACAAGUGAGCAAGAUGAAAUAAAAACAACAAAGACUUAUGAUGAAACAGCAAUUGCAGAAGCUAAAGUGCUUGAUGAUUCUGUUCAAGCUGAAGAAACUGUCACUUUCACAACUUCUGUAUCCAAAACAGUUGAUGACUUUCUGGCAAUGGAAAGAAAAGUAGAAGAUACACUUCGUUCCACUGUCGAAAAAUCAAGCUCUGACAUUUCUACAUCAAUCAUCAAAGUCACAACUCAAGAAACUGACCUUUCCCUUUCUGAAUCAGUAAAAGAGCAGAAAGACACUAAAGUGGAUGCUGACGAGAGUGCCUCUGUUGGCGAAACAAUUGUUUCUAGUAUCUCUGACACAAAAAUUUCAGAAAAAGCCGAGAUUGAAUCUUCUGAGAAAGAAAUAAUAAAAUCAAGUAAGGAAGAGUCUUCAGAGGUCUACACAGUUUCAGAAACAAAAAUGAUUGCUGAUGAUUCUUCAAAAUUAAGUUCAGAGAUAACUUCAUCUGAAAUAGUAAGUGUCACAAAAAGUGAAACAAAACCAAGUGAAUAUGCCCCUGUAGAAGAAACAACAACAGAAGUCAGCACUGUUACUACAGAAACAAAGGAAGUUAAAGAGGUGGAAACAUUAAAGGAAGAUUCUACUCUCUCCACAACAGUCAAGAAAAUGUUGGUCACAGCUAGUAGUGAAGAUGGAGGUGCUGAAACUGUUCUAUGUGCUACUGGCACAAUCAAAUCUAUUGAUUCAAAGAAACCAGAAACUGAGGACAUACCUAUCACAUCUGAGAAAACUGCAGUUGAGAAGGAAACAUUUUCUCAAGUUGAAACAUUGUUGUCUAAAGAAGCAGAGGAAAUGACAAAACAUAGCGUUGAGACAGCACAAUAUGAUUCUCAUUCUGAUGAUUCAUCUGAAAAAUCUCAAAUGAAAAUAGAGAAACCAACCCACCCAAUUGUCACUGAUGUAAAGCAAACAAACGGACACUUACAUGAAAGUGAUGUGGAUAUUCAAAGUACAGAUGAAGAAGAAAUCAUUGAUGGUAAAAGAAUUUUCAAGACAAAAACAAUAAAAACCACUACCACAACUAAAGUAGUGAGAAAAUCAGUUUCGGAAAGUACUGAUUCUGAAGAUGAGCACAAAGAUUCUGUGACUGAAACAACAGAAGUUGGUGAUGAUGGAAAAAUAAUAACACGUAAAAUUACCCGAACAUAUCAUACAAUUGUGAAACAGGGUGAAGAAAGUGAUGUAGUGAAAUCACCUUCUAAAUCAAUUGAAGUAAAAGAUUCUGAAUCAUCAAAAUUGACUCAAGAACAUGCUGAAAAAGAAGGAAGCACAACAUACAGUGAACAGCUAGUAGGUCCUGAAACAUCCCUUGCGAGUAGCUCUGCCACAACUACUACCACAACUGUCACAAAAGUUGUAACAGGUGAUAGUGAUGAACUAGUAAGUUCUACUACAAAGAAGGUGAUAGAAACUGACACACUUAAGAGCACAACAAUUACAACAACAGACGAGCAUGGUGAUGUAGAAGUGAAGUCCUUCAAAGAGGUCACAGACACAAAAUUAAGUAGUGCCGAUGAUACAGAUUUUUCAAAAAUUACUACUGAAACUUUGUUAAAAGAAGCCAGGAGCUUAGCAACAACAGAAUCUGAGACUGUGCCAACAACUCAGACCAAGGACUCUGUAGAAACACUAACCAAACAUGAAAUUACAGAAACAACUACUUCAAGAGCCACUUUUGAUUCCACUAAAGAUACUGUAUCUAGUGUUUCUAAAGACUCAUCUGAAAUAGAGAAGGAUACAAAAAUUCGAGAUGAACCUGCAUGUGCUGUAAGUGGACCUUUGGCUGUAAUAAAAAAAGAGUCCUCUGAUACAACUCGCAGUGCAACUCCUGGAUCAGAUGCCAUGAGUGAUCGUGACUUUGAUGUAGGUGGACCAUCAACCCCUCACAGUGAUAUAAGCAGUGGGCAAGCCUCUCGAGUAGCUACACACAUUUGGGGCAGUGAGGGACGACCAGGUUCUCAACAUUAUGAUAGUGAUGAGGAAGAAGAAGGCCCUGUUUCUCCUUUGAGUGUAACCUCUCAAGUAGCUCCUUCUCCUCCCCCACCACACUUUGACUUUGAGAUGCCAGAACAUCAAAAAUCACAUGAAAUAGAAGAAAAGCAUUCGACUGUUCAUGUCACAAAAGAGGAGCACACAAAGCAAAGCAGUGAAAUCUACAAAGGACCACAACAAGCUCUAUCUUCUUCAAUGACCAGUUCCUUUUAUGGAAGUCUCCCAGCUGAACCUCCCUUGUCUCCAGAAGGCAUCACAAUGAAAGGAGUUGAUCCCAUGUCAGCUUCUUUCAUUAUGCAGUCUGAAGAUCCAGAACAUAAAAGUAUAUUUUCAACAAGUAGUACAUAUACUUAUGGAGAAUAUGAUGUUGGGGAUUCAGCAACAUUUGAGCACUUUUCAUCCACCUCUCAAGGAGUUCCAGAUGACACUGUUGACUUUCAACAGGCUUUAUAUGAACACAGAGCUGCACGUGGAGAGGAUCUUACCACAGCCAGCACAUCCACUACAUAUCAUUAUGAAACUAAAGUGAAAGAUACACAUGCAUCACCAGAAAAAACAGUUACUUAUGAACAUACUAGCUCAUCAGGAGUCAAUGGACAAAGAAAAGAUCAUAGUUUCAAAGAAUUCACAGAGGACUAUGGAAAUGGAAACCUUGCAGGUGCUAAACAGUUUGAAGAUUUAAUGAAUAGAAAUAGGGAACCAGGCCAUUUAGAAAGCAAACUUAAUGGAAAAAGUGCUGAUGAAUACAGUGAUUUUUCUGGUCCUACUAGUACAGAAAGCUAUAGUCAAGAUGUAUAUUCAAAGGUGUCUACAGUUGAUCCUUCUCUUCUUCGAAAUGGUUCAGAUGAAAAGAAAACUAUCACAACUACAACUGUGACAACAGUAACCAAAACUUCCACUGCAGAACCUGAAGUUCACAUUACAACUCAGCCAUUAACUGCACCAUCCACAGCAGCACAAGCAUUUCCAGAACCUCCACAGGGAUUUGGAUUACCAUCUGUAAGUAAAACAGAAACAAAAAAAGAUCCCAUAGAAGGAUGGGGUAAACCUUUAGGAUUACCUGCUCCAGCUCCUCCCCCUACUAAUAAUACAAACGCACAAGGAGAAGUUAUGGCGAUGACAAAUACAAAUAAGGGCACACCUAAAAAGGAAAAGAAGGUAAUGCAGAUGAAAAAGAGCAUGAUAAUCAGUGAGAAUAACAAAACAACAGGUCAAAUGGGCAAAGAUAAGACAAAGAGUCCUGAAUCACCAGUGAAACAAAAAGCAGGUUCCAACAAAGUAGGAAUUGGAAAUGCAAAGAGUUCUCUUGCACCAAUCUAUGUGGAUUUAUCGUAUGUACCACAUCAUGGUAACUCUUAUUAUACUGCUCUUGAUUUUUUCAAGAAAGUACGAGCCAGAUAUUAUGUGUUCAGUGGGACUGAACCUAGUCGUGAAGUGUACAAUGCUUUGCUAGAAGCAAAGCAAACAUGGGAAGAUAAAGAAUUAGAGGUAACUAUCAUUCCCACUUAUGACACAGAUACACUAGGUUAUUGGGUUGCUGAAAACGAGGAUGCUCUUGCAAAAUGCAAGAUUGAUUUGUCACCUUCUGCAAGUAGAUGUACCAUCAAUCUUCAAGAUCAUGAAACAAGUUGUUCUGCUUACCGACUAGAAUUUUAAACCAACAGUGAAAAGUACUACUUGCAACGUCCUUUGUUAUCAAAAUGUUUACAAAAACAAUUGUCCAUUAUGUACCUUAACAUAUUUAUCUAUAAUUUAUGUCAAAAUGCCCUCCAGGAAGCAAGAUUUCUGUACAACAUUUCGCCAAAAUUUGCUCUAGACAUUUUUACAGCUAUUGGAAAAAUUGGAGUCAUACUUAAAAAAUGAAAAAAAGGCAAAUUUUAAAAAAAUUUUGUACUUGUCACAGAAAAAUGCCCUCCAAUUUCUUACCUAUUUUACCAUUUGAAAACUAUGUUUUUAGAAGGUUAAGAACUGUAGAAGAUUAAUUUUUGAUUGAAAAGCAGUCACAAAUCAAACAAGAAAUAAUUUACUAAUGUAACAUUUGUAAAAUAAAUGUUGCAUUUGCUAGCUAUUACAAGAUAAGACUUCCAUAUCUUGAACAGCAUUUGUUUAUCAAGUGGACUUUCAAUACAUCCACAGUACAACAAUGGCAGUUGUUUUAUACAUGUCUAAAAGAACUAUUCAUCUGUGCAUUUAGCAUUCUGAUUACUCCACUUACUUUAAGGAAUCAAAUAGGAGUCAUUGUAUAAAAUUACAUCAUUGCCACAGAAUCUCCUUCCAAAGCUUCAGGAGUUAAAUAAUUAUUGCAUAGAUGUGACGUUAAUGAAUGAGAGGGAAAAAUAUUACAGUUCAACAAACUACUGACUCAAGAAAGUGUAAGUCACCUCGAGAAAUCGUAUAUUUAGAGGUGUUCAAAUUUUAAAUAUACUUUUAAGAAGACUCUUAUAAAAGUAUAUUAUAUUAUUACAUGAUGUAAUAAUACAUUAAAAAAAUAGUAGUUGUGAAUCCUUAACUUUAUGGAAAAUGUGAGUGACAGCAUUCACGUAAUGCACAAAUUUACAAUUAGUUAAAGAAAUGAAUAUGCCUAAGUGAGAUAAAUCCAUCAUAUGUUUGACAUGAAAUUGACAUCUGUCCUUGUGUGGAUACGAAAUACAGUAAGACCUCUGUGAGUGUUAUUCUUGUCUCCUUCCUUGCAUUCACUGUAAUAACGAUAUUUUCCGUACAACUAUCUUUGUCAACAUAAAUGAGUACUAAUUUUUUAAUUGUACUACAUUGAUGUUCACAUGUUAGUAGUACUGUAUAUGAAAGUGCAUUCUUCCCUUUGACUGACUCUAAAUGUUUGAAUGACAUUUUAGGAGAGAGAUGACUUAAGAGAAUAAAUUUCCAUAUUACAUGAAAAGAAGAAUCACAUGUUAUACGGAACACAACCUUCAAAUCAUGUACAUCAAUACUUUAUUAUAUAAGAAGAGAUAUAUUUAUUUGUGGUGUAGUCUACCAACUAAAAUACUGUAUUUUAAAAGAAAAGUGUUCACAAUGGCCAUAUGCAUGACAUAAAAUAUUUUAGAAAGUUAAUGUACGUUAAUAUAAUGUACUACAUUAUAAUUUGAUGUUCCAAAUGUGCAUUUGUGUUGAUAAGAUUUAGCAGAUCCAUUGUGGCCAGUUUUCAUCUUAUACAUUCUAUUCAUGCAGUUAAGUAUUAUAUUAAUUACUUGUUCCUAAAAAUGGAUCCCCACAUCCUUCAAUUUUAUGUCUAAAAGUAAUUAAUUAUAAAAGAAGGAGAAAGUCAUAAAAAUAUAACACCUAGUUUUGAUUCAAUUAUAAAAAUAUUUAAAUCCCUUAAGACUUUAAGAAAUAUUCUGAUUCCUACUUACUUACUGUACCAGUACACAAAAUCUGUUAGAAAAAUUCUAUAUUGCUUUGUUAAAUGUUUAAGUAUACUGUGUACAAAUAUUUCCAUUUAACUGAAGGGAAAGAGUAAUCCAUAUCUUGAAGAAGUAAAAAAAUUUUGGUUGAGUGUAAUGUAAUAACAAUGAAACACAUUAGAAAUUAAAACAUGCAACUAUUAACAUAAUUACCAUAAUUAAAUACUUGUGGGGUGAUUGUGUAUGUAUUUGCUGUGUCUACUCUCACCCAUAAACCCCCAGUGUCAUGUACUUAAAACUAUUUGUUUCUGAAGCUCCCAAACAACAACAAGGAAUGAGUGGAAAAUGAACUUUGCAUUUCCUUUUAACUAUUAGUUUGCAAUGAAUAAUGCAUUGACUUAUUUAAAAUUUCAUAGGGACUAGAUUUUAUGAGCAUUUCCUCUGAAUAAAAAACGUUCCAUUUGUGAUGCAUCUUUCAAUACCUAUAUUUUUUAAUAAUUUUACAAGAAAACCUGUAGAUAGAACUUAAAUAUUAACUAUCAAUAAUUUGUUGAUAUUAAAACGACUCCUUUCUUCAUUAAAAUUAUGUUUCAACAGGGGGGUAACUUUCCAUUGGAACAAGUAUUGGUUUAUGAAAUGGUAAGAAGCUGUUUUAAUAAAAACAAACUUGUUACGUGUUGCAUCAGAAUAGAAUUUUUUAUAAUGAUUGUGAAUUGAGCAGUUGUGAAUUUAGGUUUUGAAAUGUAAUCAAUAUUUUAAGAAGACAUGUAUGUAAUUACUAAUAAUGUUAAUUAGAAGUGCUCAAUGGGAUUGAAUGAAAAUCUGAAUAAAAUCUUGGACUGGGAUUGUCCAGAUGAAGGCAUUGAUAUUGACUACUUCUCACAUAUCAUCAUAUCACUUUAUCAACAUGAUGACUUCUCAUACAUAUUUAAUAAUUAAAGAACUCUUUUGAGAGCGCAAUAUCUUGAUAAAUGAGAAGGAGUCUUUAUCAACAGUUUCCAUACUGUAAUAAAGUCUUAUUGUUGUUCACGAAAAACAUACAUACGAAACACAAAAUUUGAAGAUUUCUGAAACAAAUUGUGAAAUUUGAAUUGGUUAACUGAGUUUAAUCUGAUUAUGUGCAUUGUUGUGUGUUGAACAUGCUACUGAUUUUAAAAAUAUUUUAUGACCAAAUUAUAUCUGAAGGUCACAAUAAUAGUCCUAACUGUUUUGUACUUAGAGUGAAACGAGAUAUGAAUGAUGUGUGGUAAUUUAUGAACUGUAAUGUGAAGUGUAAGUUUUCAUAAUCUUUUUACUAUUAUUUUUGUAUUUUAUAUUUAUUUAAUGUAUUAUCUCCAUUAAGCUAAUUGCUAUUAAGUUGAGAAUCACUUUUUUAAACCUGAUCUUACAAUCUAGUGUAAUGAUCCAAUUUCAAGGCCUAAUUUCUUCUACAACACUGGAAACAAUUCCUGUGUUGAUAUAAAUCAGAACAGACUGUAGGAAAACCCUUAAUUAAUUGCAUAGUAAGAAAGUGGAUAUAAUGGAGCUGAAACACAACAAUGCCUAUAUGUUAGUCAAGUCUUCCUUGCAAAGAGAAAAUAAUUACUGGCCAUUCUUACAUAAAACAUUGUUUUGUGUCGCAACUUAAUUGUUCCACUUUCUCACACAUUGUGCAUGAAGUGAUUCCUUCUGUACCUAUCAUAAUGCGAUAUUUAUUAGAAGAUACCUUAACAUUUAUUUAACAAUAUAACCGAUAGUAAUAGAGUUUUCUUAUUAUAUUAGACUUUAUUUAUUGAAUGAUAUUGUAUGGUUGGACUGCUUGCAUGUCAGCAAAGACAAUUUUUGAGUCUUUGGCACGCAAAAACUUAACCCAAGUGUAUAUUAAAACUAUUUAUUAGGAGACAACCUGUUAUCAUAAAAUAUAAUUAUCGUGUGGAAUAUCCUUCAACUGGAUCAGGAAGAACGAGCUUCUUAUGAAAUAAUAAUGUUGAUAUUCUAAGCUGAGAAAGCUGAGAUAGGAUUGAAAUGGUGCUAAGAUUACCUAAUAAAUGCCUUGUUAAAAAUAAAAGUUGAUCUUUGUAGAUCCUUCAUGAAAAUAUAAGGCUAUUGUUCCCUGUUUGAUCCAUGUUGCUUCCAGUGGACUGAGCUUUCCUUUCAGUUGAGGCUUUUGAUGUCUUUUACAAAUCCACAGUUGGCUUUUAUGUAUCCCAAUUGUUUAAUUUGCUCACCCAAUAACUAGUCUAUAUCUCAUAAGUGAUUGAGCCUCUGUAAAUUGACUGAUGUAAGAUCAGAAAUCUACAGAUGAAUGGAUACUGUAGCAGCAAAUUCCUUUAUUUAUUUGUCCUAUCAUUCCAAAGCUGCAACUUCGUAGAGGAAUGAAGCAAUAUUGGUGGCAAAGGAGAAAAUUGGGAAUCAUAGUCUUACAUUCUCAUGAAAAUAUUUAGAUUCUCUGUGAGAAUCUAUCAUGUAAAAUCUUCUCUGGUCUUGAUGUUGAGAACAGAUGUGGCGUAGGUGUUAGGAGUGUUAUCGGAGGGGAGAUUUCACAUAAUCAGCUGGCCUUGUAGGAUUUGAUUGAAAUUGUUUUGUAAUUAAUUUAUAUUUAUUCUUUUCAUUACUCUCCAGGUAAAAGUGAAAUAAAGAGUAUCCUUAUCAUUGCACCUCGCUUUGUAAUUUUCUUGUCUUAAUUUUGUUUGCCUCUUCUUUUAAACUUUCAAUAUCAAAGACAUUUUGGAAAAAAAAUAUGUAAAAAACCAUAGCACAUUAAAAAUAUCACAUUUGCUUAGUGUUGGAGCUUCUAGUCAGAAAGUUUGCUCUAUGCUUGUUCUGAAAACACUAUUGUGUAAUGUAUGGGUUAUGUAUGAGAUACCAAGUAAACAAGGAAUAAAGAAAACCAAAAAAAGGGAA